AUGGCGCUCAAGGGCCUCGUCAAGCUGCAGGAGCAGUCGCGUGAUGGCAGCAGCUUCGCCGCCGUUCUGGAUCUUGUAGUACAUCUGAAUCAUGCUAGACCGAUGUCAACAUCAGCACCGGCAGUGGCACAGUCAAAGGUGCCCGUUGGAGCCCGGAAGGUUGGUCUGAAGGUUGUCAUGAUGAGUCCUGGUUUUGUAUAUGAGCCGUACAGCCCACGGGGACACAUUCCCUUCUGGAAAAGAUGGUUUACACUAAGUGGCUGGAGAAGGACAAAGGAGGACAUCAUUUUGGAGAUGAAGAACGCAUAUGCUGUUUCAAGGCUGAGGAAGAAAACUGGGUAUACCAAAAAGCAAUUCUAUGAUCAAGCAUUAAAAAUAUACAAGGAGGUUAACACUCUGAUGGCACAUGGAGACACAUCAUCGCUCCGGAAAAUUCUGACCGAGAGGAUGCAUUCUACUAUAAAAAAUGAACUAAAGAGAAGACAGUCCAUGUGGAAUUCUGUACACUGGGAACUGGUGGAGCCUGCUGUUAGUAUCAGAACUUUGAGGGCUCGCAUGAUUGGCCUCGAUAAGAAUGACCUUGAUAAAGCUUUUAUACAACUUACACUUGAGUUUGUUACAAAACAGGUUUCAUUCUCUCAGACUUCUCGUGCAAUUUAA